AUGGGGUCUCCCGAGAAGAAGGAAGCGGCCCUCUUCAAAGACCCGGCUUCCGUCGACACCGAGACCGGCACCACCACAACCCACGACCCCGGUGUCCUGGUCAACGCGUCCGGCCAUGCCCAGGAGCUCUCACGGCGCUUCAACCUCAUUUCGCUCGCAGGCGUCGGGAUCACGGUUGGGAACGCCUGGCCCGCGAUCGGCGGCACCAUCCUCGUGGCCAUAUCCAAUGGCGGGCCGCCCGGGGUGCUGUACGAGUUCAUCGUCGUCUCCCUCUUCUACUUCCUCGUCGCGGCCAGCCUGGCAGAGCUGAGCUCCGCGAUCCCCAGCUCGAGCGGCGUCUACCACUGGGCGUCCGUGACGCCCGGGCCGAAGCACGGGCGCGUCGUCGGCUUCUUCGCCGGCUGGUGGAACUACCUCGCCUGGACGAUGGGCGGCGCCAGCAUGGCCGCCAUCUUCGGCAACACCAUCGUGCAGAUGUACGCGCUCAACCACCCCUCCUUCGUGGCGCAGCCGUGGCACGUCUUCGUCGUCUACGUCAUCUCGGCCUGGCUCGGGUGCGCCGCCGUGUGCCUCGCCAACUCGGCGAUGCCGCACCUCAACAAGAUCGGCAUCUUCACCAUCCUCGCCGGCUUCUUCAUCACCAUCGUCGUGGUGGCGGCCAUGCCGGGCCACGACGGCCGCCCGCCGCACGCCACCGGCGCCUUCGUCUGGGAGCAGUGGACGCAGGCCCUGGGGUACUCGGACGGGUUCGUCUUCGUCGCGGGCAUGCUCAACGGGGCGUACAGCAUCGGCGCCGUGGACGUCAUCACGCACCUGGCGGAGGAGAUCCCCAACCCGCAGCGGAACGUCCCCAUAGGGAUGGCCUUGCAAUUGGGAAUCGGCUUUGUUACUGGAUUUUGCUACCUGGUGGCUAUCAUGUACGCCAUCAACGACCUGGGCGUGGUCUCCGAGUCGGCGUACCCCAUCGCCAAGAUCUACGAGCAGGCCACGGGGAGCGCGGCCGGCGCGUGCGGCAUGCUGGCCCUCAUCAUGAUCAACAUCGGCCUCUGCGUGAUUGGGCUGUUCAUCACGACGGGUCGGACCCUCUGGACCCUGGCCCGGGACGGCGCAGCGCCGUUCCCGAGUGUCCUCGGAAAGGUGGACCACAGGCUGGACAUGCCCAGGAACGCAACGGUGGCGACGGCGGUGCUCGUGACGAUCCUCGGGUGCAUCUACGUCGGCAGCACGACUGCGUUCAACGCCUUCAUCGGCUCCACGAUCCUGUUCUUCAGCAGCUCGUACAUCGCCUCUAUCCUGCCGCACCUCCUCCAUGGCAGGAAGGGAAUCACGUAUGGGCCGUUCAGGAUGAGAGGAUGGGUUGGUUUUGUGGUGAACGGUCUGUCUUGUGCGUACCUGAUGGUUUGGUUUGUGAUAUACUCGUUCCCUUACUUCCUGCCGGCGGAUGCGCAGAGCAUGAACUACUCGUGUCUGAUCUGGGGUGGUCUGACAAUAAUCGUCGGGCUGUGGUGGUUGCUCGGCGCGAGGAAGGGGUAUGAAGGCCCUCAGACAACGGGUGGCCUGGUCGAGGCGGAGAAGGUCCCUGGCACGUAA